AUAUAUUGUUGGGUCCUCAAAAGUAUACUUUUGAGUUUUGACACUGCACUCUCGCCUUCUAAGUUAAACAUAGCGUGAGCUCCUUAUCCAUCUAAAUUUACCAGUUUACCCCUCAUUAAUUAAUCAUCUAGUGAGUGACAGUUCUGUAAUUAUUUAAUGAGGCAAGUUUUGUAAUUAAUGUUGCCUGGUAGUUAUGUAAUUUUCUAUUUGGGUAUGUCAAAUUUAAAUCAAGUUGCAACUAUUUUGUGUCCAUGCCUAAAUUGCAUUUUUGGGACCAAAUUGCAAUUUGUCUCCGCCAGAAAAGAACUGAAAAAUCAAUUUUCUCAAAGUAUAUAACUAUAUAUUCUAUCAUUAUUCACUUGGUAGAUUUAUUUCAUAAUUUGCUUCCCACUAAAUUCAAGCAAUCACACUAAAACACUGAAUCGUUUUGCUAUAGCUAACCAUUCAACUCGUCGGAACUUCAGAGCAUUCCCGCCAUUUUCGCCGUUGCCUGGGCCCAUAUUCACCCCGACCAAUCUCUCCGGCCGAUCACACGACUGUAAAUUUCUCCGCCGAUGUUCUGCGAUUCCAGCGCUGUUCUCCAGUGAUUAGGUAUUUUUGCCCUUCGGCACACGUGCAUAUUUUCUCCUCGCCGUUGAACCGAGAGUUUACAUUUUGAUAGACAUUUUUGUGAUUGAACCAAUUUUUGUUCUGUUUAAUUUCAUAGCCUGAGGCAACUGCACUCCACGUUUAGUUUUAAACUGUUGCACCUUUUGUCUAUGUACGUUAUAUUGUGAAAUGGUCAAUUUUCCCUUUGAUUUUGGAGAAAUUAUGCUUGUUUUUGGUCUUAGGCGAUUUUAAUUUUGCCCUAAAAGGUUCCGCAGUUGCAUUUAUCUGUAUAUUAUGAGUUGCAUAAUGAUAAAUGAAGUGAAAACGUCGCUGAAAAACCUAAUGACUUGUCCUCAGUUAUUGAUGUAGAUGUAUGUGCUGCGUUUGCCUUGGCUACUGCAAACGAAGAGUUAUGUAAAUUUGAUUUUUCUGAUUUUUUUAAUGUUUUUUUUUUUUUUCGGUUCUCAAGGUAUCUUACAGUUCACAAUGUUACAAUGGAUGGGUGGAUCAAGGCGGAAGGUGACAACGUCAAGAAAGUCAACUCAAAAAAGGCAAAAGCAAUAUUUUGAGCAAAGGAAACGACAGCAACAGCAGAUAGACGGUUUAGAGAGCUAUGCUGAUGGAAAACGCUCGUGCACACAACAUUGUGAAUAUAACAGAUCGCUUGAUAUUCUUAGUCUGGAAAAUAUAUCAAUUCUAGCUCAGGAACACCAGACCAGUUGCAUCAAUGCAAGGGACGAGUCCGAGAAUGAGGAUUGCACUUCGAACCAUCAAUAUGCACUACCUUCUCUAGAGAUUCUCACCGAUGAAGACACUCAUGUGGAUCAAUCUGAAAUAACUGAAGAAAGAACUCUGCCGAGAUAUGGCAAAGAGGCUGAAUAUUCAAAGAAGGUUUCGUUCCAUUUACCUGAUCAUAAUGAAGAUUUUGUUGGAAACAAAGACAAACUCGAUCCUUUCAAGUUGUCCACGAAGCACCAUAUAUCUGUCAUCGAUAUGCUUGGCGAUGCUGGAGCAAACAGUAAUGCAGAAGAAAAUUCCGUACAUGUGCAAGAAGCUCAUGUCUCAUUUUCAGUUGAAGGUUUAGGUAAAGUGGGAACAGAAACUCCUGUCCACUCACCAAAGAUACCUGGCAGAUCCUUUCCAAAUGGUUUCUCUAUGCCAAGAAAAGCAACAAGACAGCCCAUCACAUCAAAACACUUAGAUUUUGGUAUUCAUGACCUGGAAUCUCAAGUGGAUGCAGUGAUGCAGGAUAUUCAAUUUUCGCCAUAUGGAAGUUCUACCGAGCAACCUUUCCGCUCAAGGGACACGAUGAAUAUCGUUGACGACCCAUACGACAUAUCCUUAAAUUUCACAAACCCCUCUUCGCUGAACUGGGAUGGUAGUAAUUUGCACGGUGAUUUUGCCAAUGAAGAACCCAUCUACAGCGUUCGAGACAGUGGCAGAAACAUUUGGAAUGGUGGUGCAUUCUUAGACGACAGUAUUAAUGACGUGGGCCUGGGCGAGUAUGUAUCAUUUCGCAAAAAUCGGGUUGAUAAAAGAAAUUGUGGUUAUGAUGAUUAUUUCCAUAAUAAAGACCCCUGGAAGCAGGACUUCAGUUUCGAAGGCUGGAAUCGGCAGAAGAAAAGCUCUAGCACCAGAGGAACUGAAAUUUUUGAUAUGAGAGAGUCGCCUGUUCCUUAUACAAAGCAUCAGAUCGCAAAGGACCUUCCAGAUGACAUAAUCUUAGAUACGAGAUGGUACCCUGGUAUUGAAAUUGACAACGAUGUUAAAAGUACUGUUAACCGCUAUGCGAGAGACGACAACAGAGACAGCUUGAGUCUGCGGAGUGAAGAAUCAUGCUCCUCGACUGCAGUGAGGGGCGAUGCAGCCGAUAAAUCGUGAUUGAACGGAGCAUGGGAAAAAAACGAACACGUAUAUUGUAGUCGACUUUGUUUUUGCAUCUCUUGCUGGUUAUCUGUAUUGAUAAGGUUAGCAUUCCUUUCAGGUGUAAGUAUACAAUGCAUGCAAAUUUCUUUCCUGUUUCUAUGCAACCACUCAUGCCAGAUGGCUGACUUAGACAAACGUUUUAAAUCAAAUAAUUGAAUCCUUUUUUA